CAUUUGCAUAAGACCUCAGUCUUUUCAACUGCUCUCCUUUGUCGGGCCAUUAAUGGAAGACCUCGUGCUUCUGCAAAUGAUAAUGCCCUGAAAAAUAGCGUUACCCUUAAAAUAGCAAUUUCCUGUUUUUCUAUGUGUUGUCAUUAUAAGGACGAGAGGACUAAACAAGUUAGUUUCUAUCGCUGGAUGGCUAUCUUUAAAUUGAUGCUGUAACUUCUCAUAGACGUACUUGGGGGCACGGGUGGCUGUGCUGUGCCUUGAGUUGCGUCCCUUGGGCAUGCCAGAACGGCUUUGGAUAGUGGGUUGGACAGAUUAUGAUUCUAGGUUUGUCAGCACCACCCCUCCUGCCACCAACUGGUGGGUUUCACUGAAUGGUAAACAUCUGAGAUCUUUCCUCUCACAUUAAGCUGACACCCUGUUAUGUAACUGGAAUACAGUUCAGAGUGGUGUUAAACCCAGCUGUGUCCAGUUGCGAUGCACGGACAGGUAGUGAGCUUAACACAAUGUGCUUUCAAGCCGCAUGCUGAUGAUCUGAUGGGUAUUCAUAUCGUAACAUCUGAUAAAUAGUGAUCAAUACUUGUUUGAGAGAGGAAGGCAAAGCCACACUAUGGGGCGUUCGAGGAGCCGUUCACGUAGUCGUGACAGACGACGGAGCUACAGUCGAAGUUACAGUCGCAGUCCUAGCCCCGAGGAUGGGUCACGCAUACAUGUAGCUGACCUUGGCAUUGAUCCUUCCAAGAAUGAAAUUGUAAGGUCUUUUGAGAAGUAUGGGCGGAUUGUCGACAUGUGGUUGGCUCGCAACCCACCCUGCUUUGCAUUCAUUGUGUACAGGUAUCGUGACGAGGCCGAGAAGGCCAUCAAAGAAAUGGACGGGAAGGGUUUGUGUGGAGGGAGGGUGAGAGUGUCAAUGGCACGUCCCAGGACACGAGGGAGGAGGAGGCGGGGGUUUGACCCCAACCUGAGAUGCUACCAGUGUGGAGAGAAGGGCCACUUCUCACGAGACUGUGCGGAAGUUUGGCGCAAUCGCAGGCGUGAUCGUAGCAGGACUAGGUCGAGGUCACGCUCCCGAUCCCGCGGCAGACGUGAUCAUCAACGCAGCCGUCGAUCCUACAGUCGCAGCGAAAGCCGUUCCAAGAGUCGUAGUCGGAGUAACUCUAGAUCCAAGUCUUCAAAGAAGAAGAGUUCCUCAGACAGCAAACGCAAUCGCAAACACUCCCGAUCGUCUCCAUCCCCACGCUCAAAGUCCCCCAAAAAAUCAAAAUCCAAAGAUGGAAAAGGUGACAGAAAAAGCUCAAAGAACCACCUUUCUGAUCAUGAAGACCGUAAAACUGAGAAGGAAAAGAAAACUAGAGACAAUGGUGAUAGAAAAGAGAAAUCAAAAUCGCCUAUGAAAAGGCCUGUUUCGCAAGAACUGUCACCAGUGAGAGAAACGAAUGGAGAAGUGAAUUCAGUUGGAGAUAAAAGGGAGGCAACUCUACCCGCUAAAUUACCCGAUCCUAAUGAGGGUCGAUGGGCAGAUACAAGUCCUCCAGUUAAGGAGAAUAUGGAAGGCCGAUGGGCCGAUAAUUCCCCGAAUGAAACCAAUCCAGUUGAAGAUCGACUGGCCAACUCUCCCCCACGGAAAUGCACUAACCCUAUUGAGGGUCGAUGGGCUGACACCCCCUCCCCUUCUGAGGACAACAGGAGGGACAGGGGUGGUGGGGACAGUUCUGAUGGGGGUGAGUGAGAGUUGGCAAUACGCGAGUGGGCAUAAUAGUUACAGUGAAAAAUGGUGGCUAUUUUAUACUAAUGAUAUCAUUCCAUUUGAAAGAGAUUCAAAAAUAUAAUUUCAUCAUAUACUCCAGACUGUCAUUUGGUGAUGUUGCCAUCAGAAGCCACAUUAAGAGAAUGUAGAAUUGGUUGUUCGAAGAUGAUGGCCUCAUCUCCAAGGUAUGGUGCUCAGUCAGGUCAAGGUGUACCAGCCCAUACAUUGUCAGUACAUUUUAGACUAUGAACUAUCAAUAGCUAUAUUUUCCCUGCGUUAAACUAGACUUUUGACUAGUGACUAUAGCUGCCGCAUGGUACAAUGGGUUGAACUGAUUGAAUUUUGUUUUGUACUCAAAUCAGUGGAUAUGAGUCCAUCUUUUAACAAAUACUUUAUGCUCUCAUCGUGAUUUGCUUGUAAAUGACACAGUAUUUUAACUAAGACAAAACCGGAGUGCAUUGUUUUCUUGAAAGGGGACGUGGGAUAUCAAAGGAUAUAUUACUCACACCACAUUACGCAUCCAGUAUUUAGUGAAAGAAAUGCCUCAAGACAAUUGUAUACUGUAAAUCAACUAAGUAUUCAGUGAUAGAAAUGGGCACUAGUCCUGUAGUCCUUGCCAAACUGCCCAAUAGUUAAGGUAUCUCAAGGACGAGAAGAAAUUUGCCCUUUUUAAGGGUUUUGCUUUGUGUUAUCAUUAUUAGGACUAUCGGACUAAAACUGUUAGUUUCUAAUGCUGGUAUUUUCCCAAGAACACCGUUUCAUAGACCAAUAACCCAACAGAGGUAAUGUUUUGUUCUAUGGUCAUUUAAUAUUGCAGUAUUAUGAAGUAUUUUUGGUUUCUAUGCUUGAAUAUCAUUCUUUUAUCAUAUCAUAGAAUAUUAAGGAAGGGAGGUAACUCUCAAUGCAUAAUUUUCAACACAAAUUGCAAUACCAAUCCCUAACCAUCAAGGUAAAAUCACUUGGAGUCAAGAUCAAUUUCUUGUUUAUAAUUAGUGGAUUUACUGUAAAAGUGGAAGAAUGUCAAAUGUGGUUGGUUGUCGGCGUCACCUUUUGUGCAAUGGAUGGAUGCAUCAAGAUACUUGCAUCCGCGAUAUAAUUACACAAUGUUUGCUUGUAUAGUUUUAGAAUGUUUUUCUUGUUAAUACAAGCUCACAGGUGGUCCAAUGGUCUGAGUACCUGGUAGCUGCAAUUUGAUGAGCAGAGUUGUGCCUCUUAGUCAAACCAGGAUCCGAUAUUCAGUGGUUCAAGUCACAGUCUUGCGCUGAUUAUGAUCCUUGAUCUGGCAAUACUAUAACCAUCCUAGUGGGUUUCCCUUCAUUUACAACGGAACAACCCGUCAAAACAUCUUCCGACCCUGCACAUUUUUUCAUUUACACUCUAUGCCCUUUCAUUGCAUAAAUAACCAGAGCUUCAGGCCAGAUUUUUUAAAGUUCUCAGUUACCAGAUUUUUUAAUGAAAAAUUCGUUUUUUUCUGCAAACAUUUUCUUAUAAUACUACUCAAAAGAAGUUAAAGAACACCCAAUAUUUUCAUUGGCCAUGGGUAAUCAGGUGGUCUUUAACUUCUUUUGAGUAGUAUAUGUUGCCGUAUGUGCAGUGUUUGGUAUGUUUACUUCAUCAGUUAACCUGUUGUAAGUUUAAUCUAUUGAAUGUUCGAUCUUGUUUCAUGGUGAAAAAGUUUGAAAUUGGCACAGUAGAGAAAAUAGUUCUUUUUGUGCCAUUUUUCAGUUUUUCUUGCCUAAUAGUUCGAUCACAGAAAUGUACUCAGGAUUUCUACAUCAUAGUAUGUAGCACAGAGCGAUGCAAGUAUCUUGACACACAUUGUACAUAGGGUUGAAACAGUACAUCGGUGCAUUGUGAGUUUUUAUGUGACGAUACGGUAUGUCAUACUGUUUUUUCUGUAUCGAUACAAGACGAUACACUUGCUUAAAUGAAUUACUACUCUCUUAAAGACCCUUGGUGUUUUUCUCGCUCAAAUAUUGCAACAUGUUGAAAUUAGCAUUUUAAGUUCACUACUAAAAAUAGGCGCUACAAACGUGUCUACAACUAUCUCUCCCGUUUAAACCUUCUCUGAAAUAUUUAUGUAUCAAGAGGUUUUACGUAAAUAUGCAUAUCACAAUGCGUAUCAUAUCCUGACCCAUGUAUCGUGAUGCGUAUCGUAUCGUGACCUCGCUGUAUUGUUUCACCCCUAAUGUACCGCAUGGUACUGUAUGAGAGCACCAGAGUAUUCCUGUUAGAGACUUGUGCCAAUAUGUGUUUCCACUUGUUCCUGCAAGUCAGUUCCACAGUUGUCUGUUCGCACUGUCUGCCCAUGUGUAGUGUCCAGAACUGUGUACUGGUUUACUGUACCAAAUCAUGUUACUCAGAUUGUUAAGAGAACCGUUUCAGGGAGCACUUCAAAAGUUAAUAAAAGGAUUUUUAAAAUAAUUACUCAAUUUUUGAGUAUUACCCUGAGGAUCUGAAUGGUGAAAUUGUUGACCUUCUCAAAUAUGUUCUGUUGUCAAUUGAACCAACUUUGCAAUGGUUUUAUGAUGGUGAAAGCUUUAAUAAAAGUAAGUCCAGCCUUUCUCUCAACUUUCGAACUGCUCCCUAACCUUUAUCCCUGAUGUUAUUCUGGACGAUGUUUGAGAGCCCUAUUGUUUUGUCAUUGUAAAUUUGUAAUAUUCUGUACAAAUUUUCUGCGUGAUGAAAGUAUGGAAUUUUUAUAGAUCAUGGUCAUUUUAUGAAAAGAACUGUUUGUCUGUUACGGUUGUGUUCAUGUAUUUUUCAUUUAUUGUGUUCAAACGUAGAAAAUGUACAAAUGGAAUUCAGAUUAUUUAUUUGUAUUGGGCUUCUAAUAGGACAUAUGGUUCUCUUGCACCUCUUUCUCCAGGAUUAUAUGAUGCAGGCAGUUCUGCUUCAUGACAAGAAAUGAACCUUCUUGCACUGAAAGCUUGCAUACAUUUCCCCCCUUUUAAGCUUAUCUUAUCUGUCAGUUCAACUGUACUUAUCGCACAUACCUCCCUUAAAAUGUUUUAGAUCUUUAAUGACUCCGGAAACCAUUGCUUUGAAACUGAAACUUUUCAAGGAUGACCCAACCAAUGGCGUCUAUGAUGUGUUUGUUGUUUAACGCCACACUUGGCAAUAUUCCAGCAAAAUGAUGGAGGCCUGUAAAUAAUGGAGUUUGGACCAGACAAUCCAGUGAUUAGGAUCUUGAGCAUUGAUCUACACAACUGGGAUUCAUUGACAUGCAUCAACCAACUCAGUGAAUCUGACCACCCGAUCCCCUUAGUCACCCACUUACAACAAGCAUGGGUUAUAGGUAGCUGAAGACAAAUUCUUACCCAGAUCUUUACAGGAUCAGUGUCAAUGAAGUGCUAAAUAGUCCUUGUUUUCAUGGAGGAAUAUCAUUUUGGUCAUUUACUUCAUUUCAUGUAUAAUUGUGAAAUGUGAUACACAUUAGUAUCUGGAAUAACACAAUUUUUAUCUCCCCUGAAACCUCUAUAUUUAGGGCUGAAGUUUGGUGUAUAAAUAUCCAAUCAAUGCGUCUAAAAAGUGCUCACAUAAAUCACAUCCAAUUCAAGACAUAGAUAUCAUGUUGCCCACAUGGAAGUUGUAAUUUGUGCAGUUUUCUAAGCCGUUUCUGCAUGUAUCGUUAUGAAAUAUUCAUAUUGUUUUGGUCGAUCAAAGGUCCUGUUACUUAUUUGCCUUAUUCCAGUGAGGGCUUGGUUUAGCUAUAUAAAACAUACACCAACCUUUGCAACCUAUUUCAGAGAAAUGCAACCUAAUAUUUAUGUUUACAUGCACCAAGUGCAUGUCAAACAUUUGUGUCUGACUAACCCUUACUGGACCACACACAUCGGUCUCAAGACACACUCAAAACCACUUAAGUUUAUUUACUACACUACGUAACUGAUCCCUGUGUUACGUGUAAUUUGUCAUACUUUCUUGUUCUUGAUGUCUUGAAAUUGUGGGUAUUUCAAGAUUAUGUGCACGUUCCUAUUACAUUUUACCGCAAUGCAUCACUAAUUUAUGGGACACUGGCAGCAGACCAGGCUGUUUCAACUUUGAUAUCUGUAUUGGACCAGUGUGCAACCUGGUUUUGGUUAGUGCUACUUGGUUUUUAUGUCAACAUGCACCUGAAGCAAGUUGAAUAAAGUUCCUUAAAUCGAGCCCUGCCAGUAAAAGUGUGAGCUACAGUGUCAUGUGAUUCUAUUUAUGGUGGUGCGGAGAACCAUAUGUCUUUAUAUCUGCAGCUUCAACUCACUGACAUAAUUGCUUUCUAGUCUGUAACUGUAACCUUAUCCUUACAAGAUUAUUUGUAUUUGUUAAGUUGUUGUUGAAUAGGGUGAAUGGCAAGUGUUAGCUUGCCAUGCAGAUGGAUGUGGGUUCACUUCCCAUUGGGCUCAGUGUGGGAGCCCUAGUCCCUGGUAUGAUUGUGAUUUUUCUAUGAUACUUGAAUAAAAACUGUGGUAUAGUAUAA